AUGCAUUUAAUUCAAUGGAAUCCAUUUACAACGGAAAAUAAAGGUCCGUUCGCGCGCUCUAACCGUUUCCGUUUACAUUUUGUUAACAUUAUGGAUAGACCUAAAUGUAUUAACUACAUGGCUCCUGUAGUCGAUUUAAGAAGUUAUGAGUUUUGUGUAACUCUCCAGGAUAGAGUUAAUGUUAACUUUGAGCACGGUGCGGCGUUGCUACAAGGUUACAACGUUACCGGAUUUUUUUCGUGGGGCGAAAGACAAGGAAAAACUUUGCCAUUCAUUAUAGUUUAUAUUCCAAAAUUCAAGGACUGGUUGGAGGACAUUGUUUCAUUACAAAAUAUUUUAUUAUAA